GCCCAAUCUUUCUAUCUAUCACUAGCUUUUAGCCAUCGCGGCUAACGCCAGCUGUUCUGGGCCUUUUCUCCUUAUAAAAUUCUUUGUUUGUGUCUCUGUCGUGUUUCUUUGUGAGAAGACUUUGAGAUGGUUGAGUUAAAUAGCAAUAACAAUGAGGAACAGGAUGUAAUCCUAAAUGAGCGGCGCUGCUCAUCUCUACCCAACUCUCCUGCAAAACGAGUUUCUCCAGCCAAAAAGAAGCAGUUCUUUAUUAACCAGGCCAUCCGAAACUCUGACCUCACUCCCAGAGCCAAGGGCAGGAAGAGUCUGCAACGACAGGAAAACACUCGUUUUCUGGUCAAUCUUUUGGAACGGGAGGAAUGCUCUAAAGAGGAUGGUGAAGGGCAUGAAACAGCCACGGCCACCAUCUUCACUGAAGCCUGCUCUAAUGGAAACUAUGUGGAGUACUGGAGUGAUUUUAUGAAUCGUUCUGGGGAGGAGCAAGAGCGGCUCUUGGCUCUGCUGGAGGAGGAGGCUCAGAGGACCCACUCCAAGAGCCACAAAGACCAAAGAGAGGUAAAUCCUGCUGUCAGGGCUCAGGAGUGUUUCCAGAGGAUUGAUCGAAGGCUGCGUGUGACGCUGAGACGCAAACAGAUUCCCAUGGGAGUGUUGGAGGGUCUGGAGUCCGAUCUGCUGGGAUUCUUCAUGUCACAGCCACACUCAAUUUACAUUACCAAACUCAGCAGCAGUUACGAGCGACUGCUCCUUCAUGCCAUCUGCCAGUACAUGGAUCUGACCUCUGCUAGCUCUGACUGUAAUGGUGCUCGACAGACGGAGGUAGUCAACAAACAGGACGAGUUCCUGCCUCCUCAGUCUCUGCUCUCUGCCUACCUGGAGCAGUUUAGCUAA